AUGGAAGUUAUUUUUACUCUUUCUAUAUUUUUAUUUUCGAUAUCAAAAUAUUCGGAAGGAAUAAAACAUGGACAAAAUUUAAUCUGGGCUCAAACUCCAACAUUAAGAUUAAAAGUGUCUCGGUUGGUUGGUAUCGAAGGUGAUCCAACAGAAUGGGUUAAAACUGGUGAAGUGAAACUACAUCAUAUAGGUGCACCGCAUGCUGGUUGGCAAUUUAAAAGUUUAGCUUAUCAUUAUUCUAAACAGACCUUAUUCUGGAGUGAAUCAAUGAAUAAAAGAAUCCAAGGAUUAGUUUUAAAUGGAUCAACUGAUACAAGUAAAAUUGUGACCGGUAUUUCACCUGAUGUGGAAGGUUUAACGGUCGAUUGGAUUUCUAAUAAUAUUUACUGGACUGAUACGUUAUUUAAUUGGAUAAAGCUUGCACCAAUCUCAAGUAAUGUAACAUGUUAUAAAAUAAUAGCUCAAGAUGGUAUUGAUAAUCCACACGGACUAGCUGUUUAUCCACAAAAAGGAUAUUUGUUUUGGAGUGAUUGGGGUGAGAGACCGCGUAUUGAGAUGUCAGAUUUACUGGGUCAGAAUAGAAGAAUAAUUGUUGAUACAGAUAUACUUCAUCCAAGGGGUAUAGUCAUAGACUAUCAAGACAAUCGCUUAUUUUGGGUCGACAGUAAGAAAGAUACAAUAGAAUCUAUAGCUUUCAAUGGAAUGAACAGAAAGACAGUUUCUCCACAGGAUGGAACCAAUCUUUAUGGGAUAGCUCUAUAUGAUAAAUAUAUAUUUGUAACUGAGCAAUCGAAAGGGCAUUUGAAGAUAUUUAAUAAAUACACUGGUGAUACUUAUAUAACUUAUAAAUUAACUUAUAUUCCUUAUGGUAUUAUAAUGUACGAUGAAGACUCUCAACCAGGCGAUUCGAGUGUUUGUCAUGAUUUCAGAAGUGAUCAGAUAAUGUAUCAUUUUUUAUAUUUCAGGUGUGUUUGUGAUGAAUUAGGAUGUGAUCAGAUAUGUAUUAAUGACCCUUUAACUGGUGCUAGGUGCAUUUGUGGAGACGGGUAUAGCACUAAUGAUGAUGGUAUUACAUGUACACUUGAAAUGACGUUUAGUAUGCCAGGUCAUAUUUAUGCUAUCAGUGAUGCUAUAUGUCAGUAUCCAGCUAAUUUGGCUUAUAUUUCUCUCACCAAUGUUACAUUAGAAAAUCAGUGUUUCCUGGCAGAGCGACGUGGAUACUUAGCUCUAGCAUAUGAUGCCAGAGAUAAUAAUUUAUAUUUCUCGGCAAAUAGUACUAAAACUAUCAGUAGAAUCAGACUUGAGGUCGGUGCCAAUGAAACCACAAUUAUAGGAGGAACUGGUGUUGUUAGAGGCUUAUCUCUAGAUUGGUUAGCUGGCAACAUUUUCUGGACCGAUAGCACCAACAAACUUAUCAAAUGUGCAAGAAAAGAUGGUGCACAUCAGAAAACCAUAAUAUCAGAAAAAUUAGAUGAACCUUUAGGUAUAGCCGCUCAUCCUGGAAAUGGAAUUAUAUACUGGACAGACAUUGGUGAAACACCAAAAGUAGAAAGUUCUUAUAUGGAUGGAUCUAAUAGAACUAUAAUCAUGGAUACAAAUCUCGGUUUACCUAAUCAUAUGUUCAUAGAUUUUCUGAAAGAUAGGUUAUACUGGACAGAUUCAUUGUUACAUCAUAUUAGAUGUCUAGAUAUUAUAACAGGUAGAAUUACAGUAUAUUUUACCUCACCCACCAGUCAAUUCUUUGGUAUCAGCAUCUUCAAGGAUUUCCUGUUGUGGACUGAUUCUGGUGACAUGAAUGGACUCCACGUGGCUCGUCUGGAUAAGAAGACCAAGGAAAGGGGAAUAAUUCACCCUGGAUAUGGUGUCGCUACGGAUUUAAUUACCUAUGAUGUUCAAAAUCAACCUCUAUUUUCUGAUAAAGGGUUACCCUGUCUUUAUGGUAAACAUGAAUGUGAACAGUUAUGUUUAAGGGGAGCUAAUUUAACAUAUUAUUGUGAUUGUGGAUUGGGAUAUCAACUUGACGACAAUGGUAGAACAUGUUCUUCGACCAUAUUAAGAACUAACUUUUUGAUAGUAACCGAUGCAUACCAGAAACAAAUCUACCAAAUAAAUUCUAAGAGUGGUAGCGUGAAUGCCAUUGAUAUGCCAAUCGGACAUCCGAUAGCUGUUGAUUACGAUCCGAUGCCGCAAAGAAUUUACUGGAGUGACAAUAAAGCUAGAGUUUUACAAGGCGCCAAUAUUGAUGGUCAAAUGAAUGAGAUGCUCGUUGGUUUAUCACAAAAAUCUGUUGUUGAUGGGCUAGCUCUUGAUAUUAUUCACAGACUGCUAUAUUACACCGAUACCGGUUUAGACACUAUCAAUGUUGUCUCUUUAACUAAUAAACAGCAUCGGGCUGUUCUUAUUGAUGAAGGACUGGAUGAACCAAGAGCAAUAGUGGUUUUACCAAUGGAAGGGACAAUGUUUUGGACAGAUUGGGGUUUCGAAGCUAAAAUAGAAAUGGCACAAAUGGAUGGAUCUAAUAAACAGACGUUCUUAAUGCUGGAUAAGGACUCUUGGCCAAAUGGAUUAACAAUUGAUAGAAAAGCAAAAAUCCUGUAUUGGGCAGACGCUAAAUAUAAUAAAAUUGAAUGUAUCAACUUGGAUAAAACGAAUAAAAGAACGUUACUACAACAAGAAGAGGCGGCCCAUUUCUUUGGUAUAUUUGCUAUGGGGUCAUACUUAUAUUUUACAGACUGGCGAAAAACGUUCGUCUCUCGAAUGUCUAAAGAUGGCGGACCAGUGGAACAGUUUGGACCACCACAAUUUACAAAACUUUAUGGAAUCUAUGGUUUCAACUCAAGUGAAAUUGUUCAAGUACCAACAGGAACAAACACAAGUACCACAGUAACUGUAUCAUCAUCACAAACAUCAUCCAUACAGAGAUCUACUACCUUAACUACUACUACAGCAACAACAACGAUUACCACAGUUACAAAUAAUACUUCUUCCGUCCCAACAACCAAAUCAUUAACAACAUUACCAACAACCAUUAAUAGGUCAACCGUCCCGCCGUCAACAUUAAUUCCUACAACAUUACCAUUAAAUAUAUCCAUUAUACCAUCAUCACCAUCACCAUUUUCAUCAACCCCAUCUUCAUUACCAACUACACAGUCCAGAGUAACAGAAAGCAGUUUAUCUACUGGUAGUAUUGCGGCCAUUGUUACUGUAGUAACCAUCAUAAUCACCAUAAUAAUUCUAUUUUCCGUUAUGGCCUAUAAAAAAUAUUAUAUCUAUCGAAUACCACAUGAUAAGUUAGUGGAAGAUAAGACUGAUGUAUUUUAUAGAAUAACAUUUCCUGACAAUAAUAGAGAUGAUGCCACCAUUGAUUCUGGAAUAGAAAAUCCCACCUACGAUUGUUAUCUGGAACGCCAACAACAACAACCAUUGUAA